AUGUUGGAAUCGCUUGUCGCUUCCAUUCUCAAUCGAUUUCUAGGAAACUAUGUUUCCAACCUCAAUUAUGACCAGCUAAAGAUUGGUAUUUGGAAUGGCGAAGUAAACCUUCGGGAUCUAAAACUGAGAAGAGAAGCCUUGGAUAAAUUGGACCUUCCUAUCGAUGUCAUUGAAGGUUAUCUCGGUGAAUUGACCCUCAGUAUUCCUUGGUCCAAUUUGAAGAGCAAGCCCGUCAAAACAUCGGUGGAAGAAGAAGAAGAGCGAGCGCAACAAUUGAAAAUGCGACGAUUGGCAACGGCCGAAGUGAUGGAAAGUUCUCAAGUCAAGGAUAAGAAAACACCCAAAGAUCAAGACGAACCUCAAGAUGACGGGUUUGUAUCACAAUUGACCACCAAAAUUGUCGAUAAUUUGCAAUUCUCCAUGAAAAAUAUCCACAUUCGCUACGAAGACAGUAUCUCGGAUCCUGGUCAUCCUUUUGCUGCCGGCAUCACUUUAAAAGAAUUGAGUGCCGUCUCCACUGACGGAGAAUGGAAUCCCACCUUUAUCAAUGAGGCCACCAAUACCAUUCACAAACUCACUACCCUCCAAUCUUUAUCGGUGUAUUGGAACACGGAUACCACGUCAUUGGCAGGCAAGUCGCAUGAAGAAGCUUCCAAGGUGUUUACCGAUUUGAUUCCCACAGGAGAAGAUGACCCUUCUUUACAUCAUCAAUACAUACUAAAGCCUGUCUCGGGAGCUGGAAAGGUUCAAUUAAACAAAAAAUUCGAUCGCGAUACCGCCAAAUUUAAUGUCACUCUGCUGUUCAAUGAGCUCGACUUUGCCUUGGAUGAUGACCAAUAUCGAGAUGUGAUUCUCAUGCUCGAUUUAUUUCAUGCCAAUCUGAAGAAACAAAAGUAUUUAAAACUCCAUCCGCCGAAAGAAAUGACGCCAAAGACGAAUCCACGCGAAUACUUCCAAUUUGCAGCCAAAGCCGUGUUAUCCGAGAUCCAUGAACGAAACUACAAGUGGAGCUGGGAUCAUUUCCGAAAACGACGUGAUCAACGCUUGACCUACAUUGAUUGCUACGUUGCUCGUAAACUUCAGAAAAGCACUCAAGAGCAGAUCACCCAAUUGGACGAAUUGGAACGCUGGUUUAGCUCGUGGUGGUCCAGUGGUAGUAAAAACGAUUCAGAUACUGAGCAGACGGAUGACGAUGCACCGGUCAUGACGGAAGAGCAAAAACGGGAACUAUACGACGCAAUAGAAUACGAUGAAGAAAAGGCGGCCAUUGCCGCCACUGUAGAUAUACCCAAAGAUACCAUGAAAUUCAUCUUGAAUACCAAAUUGAACCGAGGCUCUUUUACGCUUCGACGUCGACCCCAUGCGGAGCAUCCCGAAAACCUGGCUUCCAUCGUCUUUGACACGGUGACGGUGGGUGUCACUCAAUACGUCGAAUCGUUGAAAAUAGCAGCCGGGCUUGGCGAUAUCCAAUUGUACGAUGGGGCCUCCAAGGAUACACUGUACCCGCAACUCAUCGGUGUGAAAAAAUCCACGCAGGACCAACAAGAAAGAUGCCAAACUUUGGGCGAAAUGCAGCGCGGUCGCCGCCAUCUGAACAAGGCACGGAGGGCCAUACCGAGCCGUUCCUCCACCAUUAAUGCUUUGAUGGAGGUGGCUGGCGAUACAAUUGAAGUGUUUAAACGACAAACCAGGGCCGGUUUGGAAUACGCUUUAGAAAAACACACCACCAUCGAAUUGGAUAUCAAUAUGGACGCCCCCAUUAUCAUUAUACCCGAAAGUUGCAUGUAUGAAAACUCGCCUUUUAUGAUGAUAGAUGCCGGCCAUAUCAACGUGGACAGUGAUCUUGCGAAUCAGGAGCUUGUGAAUGAAUUCAAAGCCAAAGGCGAUCAAAAGUACAGCGAAGAAGAUUACCGCCAAUUGGAAGGGCUUAUGUAUGACAAGUUCAAUGUUCAUUUGACUCAGACCAAAGUCCUGAUCGGUACAAAUGUAAAGCAAUGUGUGACGGAAUUGGACCAGCCGACCGAAACGAGUAGAAAAUCCCAUGUGAUUGAACGCAUUGACAUGCAAUUUUUGGUGGAGUUGUGCAUUCUCCCUGGCGCUACGCAGUUUACAAAGUUCAAAGUAUCGGGCCACUUGCCCUUGUUAUCCAUCAAUUUCUCGGACAGCAAGUACAAGACGUUGAUGAAGAUCAUUGAUCUUUUUGUCGCACCGACUUCGUCUUUGGACACUGACGGUGAAGAUGUCGCCAAAAAAUCCCCCCUCGAAAAUGAAAAUGCCCUUGCGCAACGGUUGUGGGGAAACAGCGAUAUGCAUGAUCUCCUGCUCUCCGAUACAGACAGUUUCACCACCGAACGUAGUCAUCACAGCACCGCCGCGUCGACGAAUUCAACGAAUAAAUCCACCGUGUCCAAUGCCUCCGUCUUGAAAUCACAGCAAGAGCAGUUCAAGUUUACAUUUCAGGUGGAUAAAGUGUCGGCUUUUGUUCACGAGACGACGUUUCACGAUACCACCACCACCGAUACGUUACUGUGCCAACUAGUGUUGGAAAACUUUGAUUUGAUGUUUCUGUCGCGACCUUACGACAUGCAAGUGGAAGUGUGCUUGCGUACUUUGAAUGUGAUUGAUCACAUGGAACACGGUGACGAGUUUCACUACUUGGUCACUUCGGAUGUCGUUGAUCAUCGCGGAGAGGCCCAGCAAACCAAGAACAAUCUCGUCAAUGUCAAGUACCUGCGUGUCAACCCGGCGCAUCCGUUGUACGAAGAAUCUUUUGGCGGGUUCGAUCAAACGGUCGAUGUCGCUCUAUCGACACUCAAUGUCAUUGUAACGCGUCCUUCCAUUCUGACGCUGUAUAACUGGAUUCUCAACACAUUUACGGCGCCUCCACCAUCCCAGGAAGACGCCGAGCACGCCGAACACGAUGACCAUUCCAGCCUCUUUUCUCGCCGUUUGUCCUUGGGAAGACCGAAAUCCAUACAAAAACCACCUCCACAAAAAGCUAACAACGCGAAUCAAGGCACUAUCAAAGUGAACCUGCAGAUGGACAGUUUGGAUUUGAUUCUGAACAACAAUGGCAUGCGACUGGGGACAGGUCAAUUGGCGUAUGGUCAUCUUACCAUUCUACUAUUCCCAAAAACCAUGAAAGUCAUGGGCAAGUUCUCAAGUUUCUCACUGGUCGAUGAUACCGACAUUGACGCCAACAAUCACGAUACCAGCGACAGUCCUUCGCAGACCCAUAUUCUUAGUAUCGAGGGCGACGAAUUGCUCAGUUUCACUUACGAGACCUUGGAUGCUGAAGCGCCUGAUUUCCCAGGCUAUCACCAACAGUUCCGUAUGCGAAUGGGAUCUUUCCGAUUUUUAUUCAUUGAUUCGGCGAAAACCACGCUCGAUUUCUUGUCCGAAUUCCUCCAGAUGAAAACGGUGUACGAUGCAGCGCGAGGCGCCGCGGCCGAGACAGCGCAGCAGUUGCAGGAACAAAGUACACGAUUCCACUUUGACAUUGGCGUGAAGAGUCCCGUGGUCGUUUUCCCUGUGGCCGAUGAUGAGAACAUGGACGAUACCAUCAUUGCUUACCUUGGCGAGAUCCGGGCCGUGAACAGUUUCAAGGACAUUGAGCAGUUAGAGCGUCGUGAUUAUCACUCCGUCUCGGUGCCAGUGAAUGUCAUUGAGUGUGGUCUUUAUUCCAUCAGUCUUCGUUCGCAUCACGCCGUUCAAAAGGAGAACCAAUCGAUGAUCGUUCGCGACCUGCCUAUUCUUGAAGAUCUGGAUUUGACGUUCCACAUCCAAACGUGUGAGCAAUCGGACAAGGCGCCCGGUCCCUCCACGCGCAUCUUGGGUACCGUUUCCAAUGUCGGCAUGGCUUUGACGGAGCACCAACUUUGCUCGCUUUUGAAAGUUUACAAUCGAGUCAUGCAUUUCUUGUUCCCGUCCAGGGAAAAAGAAAACAAGGAAGAUCAAACGACGACAGAGGACCAGGAAAGACAUAGCGUGCAUACCGAUCGAGCUUCUUCCCGCCGCACGUAUCAGCGGCAAGACUCGGACGAGCGACGAUCUUCGACGACCGCGAAACCGGACAAUGGCAAUAAAAUUCAGCUAGAGAUGGUGGUCAAAGUCGAUACCAUUGCUAUUGAAGCCUUGACGGGACCUGAAUUACCGCUGGAGAAACGUGAUCAACAGAAACUGUCGAGAUUGUCAUUCAAUGACACGUCCAUGAAACUUCAAACCAUGGCGGAUGCAUCCAUGACGUUGGAAGUGCAGAUGCUAUCGAUGAAUUUCUCCGAUACCCGUGUUAAUUCGCAUUCGCAGUUCAGGGACAUUUUACCGGCGAAUCGACUGGAUGGACCUCAGUUUCAGUUUAAGCUGAUAUCUGCCAAGGAAAACGGCCAACCGACGAUGGAUAUCUGGGUGGCCGUCGAUAGCCCUCGAAUUGUUUUGUCGCUCGAUUAUUUGUUCUUGCUUAAAGAGUUUUUCAUGACCCCGUUUGUCGAUGAAUCCCCCGUACGCAGUGAUGCGCAGCGGUUUGCCGAAUUGCAACGUGAACAAUUCCGCCAAGAAGCACUCGAGACCCCGUCCGUUCGCCGUGCCCGUGCCGCCGAACAAGCCGAGGUGAAAGCGGCAACGGCUCAACAACGUCAACAGCAAUCCGCUGCCAGUGCGGCCUCCAAUCCCUCGUCCAGUACCAAUGCGUCCCAACUGCGAUACCGUGUUCAGGUUGUCGAUGUGGAAGUCAUUUGUCUGGCCAAACCCGAGCAACGAUCGUCAGAAGCGGUGAUUUUCUCCUUUGACCAGCUGUCGAUUGUUCAGCAACAAGAUUUGCGUGUUGAUUUUAUUGGUAUUGGUAUGGUCUUGUGUCGAAUGGAUAUUCGUGAAGAAUCGACGUCGCAUUUUGUGGAAGAGUUCGGUGUGGGCUUGAAGCUGGAAACCUCCGCAUCAACCCCGGGUCACAAUAUCAUGGUGAUCCAACUGGAUGUGCAACCCAUUAUCCUGCGCCUGUCGUACCAUGACACACUGUUGAUCAUGGAAAUUAUUAACAAAGCCAUGGAACUGAUGGGCAAUGCUGCUAGUCAGCCAUCCGGGCAGCCUCCUUUGCUGCACGAAUCGAUGAAUGACGAUGAUGUGUCAGGUCUACAACACCGUGAUUCCGGAUCCGAUUACCCUCACGACGAUCCACGUUCACCAUUGCAAGUCGGUGCCAACUCGUCGGAACUCAUUCAGUCGACCCGCCGAUCGCGUGAAGUGACCCCCUACAUUGUCAUGUCCAAAGAAUCCUUGAUUGCCCGUUUCCAAGGAUUGCAAUUGGUCCUUAUUGAAGAUCUGCACGAUUUGCCGUUUAUCGAUCUUGUCAUGCAGCCUUUUACUGUUCAGGUCAAAGAUUGGUCGAGAGCACUGGUGGCCGACGUGGAUUUCUCCAUUUAUGCAAACAACUUUAAUUUCAAAAACUCACACUGGGAACCGUUGUUGGAGCCUUGGGGUUUUGGGCUAAAGUUGAGGCAAGAUGCUGCAUUGCGAUCGAUGCACGUGAACCUGGAAUCAGAAACGCUUCUCAAUCUGAAUUUGACCCAUGUGUUCCUGGAGAGUAUUCUGGCUAUCUCGGAGACCCUAAACGAUGUGCAACCGUUGCGUGAAACGUCUCAGAAACAGGUCCGACCGUAUGUUUUGAAAAACUAUACAGGGUAUCCGUUGCGCUUGUGGAACAUGUCGGACGAUGCUGAAGAAGGUGAUACACGCAUUGUGCAAUUAGAUCCUGGCCAGUCUUUGCCGUGGACUUUCCGUGACUGGAAGAAACGCAGAGAGAAAAUCAAUGUUGGCAAGAACUUGCUCGGCAUUCAAGUGGAACAAUUUGGUUGGGAAAGCUUCACUCAUAUUGCUGUGGAUAAAGAGGGUGAACACGCCUACAAAAUUCAACCGGAAGUGCACGGCAUCGCUCAUCGUCUAGUGGUCGACAUUCGUUUGGACAAGCAUGUGAAAACGGUGAUUUUCCGCAGCGGCUUUGUCUUUCAAAAUCAGACCCAAGCAUCACUGCAGUUGGUCCUGGUCAAUGCCAAACGCAAAAUGAUGUCGCCGGUCUGGACCAUUGAGGCACACGACGAGUUUGCGGUGCCAAUUGGCAUGGUUUAUGAGUACUGGUUCGCUGUUCGUCCUUCAGACGAAUAUCACUGGAGCAAACAAAUACUGCAGUGGUCAGAUAUUACACAUCCAAAGUGUCCCAAGUACAUUGUAUGUGAACCCCACGAUACAAAUUUGCCCAACUUUUACUUUCAGCUGUACGGCAAGUUUGAUCGUAAAAGCUCGCUUGCAAGGCAAUAUCCUUUCAUGACUGUGCAAUUGAGCCCACCUAUUCAGAUUGAAAAUUUGUUACCCUUCAGUCUUGAUUUGAAGCUCAAGGAAAGAAAUAUUGAUCGUGUCUAUGAGGCCAAUGUGCCUAAAGGCGAAACAACCCACAUGUACCACAUUACAAGCGGCAGUAACAUUUCUUUCGAUAUUCAAGUACAAUGCGGAGAUGACGAGAUUCAUGGUUCCAUUGAUAUCCAAACUAAAGCGUACGACGCUUCCAUGGCCCAACCACUAACUCUAUUCGACAACAUGAAAAGACCGUGGUAUUUAUGCAUGAAUACAGCUCGUUUGACAAAAACGAGCGACGCUUUAAAGGUGACCAUCUUUGCGCCGUACCUGAUCCUUAACAAAACAUCUCUACCGCUCACCGUUAAACCUCGCGCCUCACGUCGAAACGCCAAAUCGAUCAUUGAGAUACAUGAUGCUGGCUCUGCAUCAGAUGAGAUUGUGCCCAUUAUGUUUUCCUAUCCGGAACUCAAUCGUCAUAAUCGCGCCUUGCUGUCGAUGGAUGGAUCGAAAUGGAGUCAGCCGUUGAGCUUUGAAGCCGUAGGCAGUGUACAAGAAGUCACUUUGGCUACGGAUGGCAAUGUCUCGGAAAUUCACGCCGGUAUUCGUGUUGAAGAAGGAACAGGCAUGUACUGGCUUACCAAAUUGGUUUCCAUUGCGCCUCGAUUCAUCCUGAAAAAUAAUCUGUCGCUGCCUAUUGAAUAUCGCGAGUUUGGUUCAACGGAAAACCAUCCUAUUGAUCCCGGUCAAAAGAUGCCACUGUAUCAUAUGAGUAAAACAGCCAUCAAAUGGUUGUGUCUUCAUUUGAAGGAUUCCGAUUAUGCAUGGUCCGCUCCGUUUGAUUUGCAAGAAAUCGGCAACAGCUUCAUCAAAGUCGACAGAGGCGAAUCGGAGCCUUUGCUGGUGAAAAUCAACAUUCAUCUUCAAGACGCUACGCUUUUUAUUUCCUUCCAAGAGACCAAGGAAUGGCCCUAUAUGAUUAUCAACAAUUCCAGCGUUCCUGUAUCCUUUUUCCAAGAGGAGCUGGGUUUCGAAGAAUAUCAUUUGAAAGACAAGCAAAAGAAAGCGUUGGGCACGGUCAAACGACUUGGCUUAGAUCCCGGGCGAUCUUUGAGAUAUUCAUGGGAUAUGCCUAUCUCCAGAGAUAAACGGUUGAUGCUGGAAGUCAACGGUAAGAAACGCAGUAUCAAUUUCCAAGCAAUCGGUACCCAGAUUCCUUUCCGUUACCGGAAACAACGGGACAGUACUGGUAGAGUGGUGAUUGGCGCGGGAGCUUUAUCGAUUGAUAUUGUCGCAUGGGAGGCUUCGUUAGUCCUUGUCUUGACGGAUUUCGAUCCCACGCAAAGUUUAUUCCGUCUCAAAUCAUCGGCGGCGUCCACGCUCGGUUCCAGUUCCAGAGAAGGAAGCGUACGCGAUAUGUUUGAAACGGUCGAUGUCGAACACACUGUCAAUUUUGAAUUCGAAUUGAAAUUGGCCGGUAUCGGUCUCUCUGUGGUCAACCAAAAAGUUCAGGAAAUCGCGUUUGCGACCAUGAAAGAUGUCGACUUCAAGUAUACCGAUUCCAAUAUGUAUCAAUCGAUCCGUACCAGUAUCCGAUGGCUACAAAUCGAUAACCAGUUCCACGGUUCCACUUAUCCAAUUUUAUUCUUCCCCACCACCUUGCCGAAACAUGCCAACAAUGCCUCUGUACAUCCCACACUCCAUAUGGCGCUCGACAAAGUGAAGGAUGAUAUGCAUGGCGUACUUUAUUUCAAACUGUUUUCCAUCCUUUUGCAAGAAAUGACGUUUGAAAUGGAUGAAGAUUUCCUGUACGGCUUGCUGGAAUUUGCCCAGUUCCCUACGGUGGAAAAUCAACAGCAGCCAGACAACCAUGCAUUGGUGUUUUCCAAAGCGAUACCUGAACCGGAGAUCGGAGCGCGACAAGCGAUUUACUAUUUCGAAGAGUUUUGUAUCCAGCCCAUGCGGUUAAAUCUUUCGUUUAUGCGAACAGAGCGAGUGAACGCAAUGGAAGCCACGGAAAGUGCAAGUGGAUCUCCUUUUAGCUACGUCUUCAACAUUUUCACCAUGACGAUCGGCAAUGUGAAUGAUGCACCUAUCAAGUUGAACGCACUCAUGGUAGACAACUUGCGUGCAAGUUCGGCCGAUUUAACUUCCCGUAUCAUGCUCCAUUAUCGAGAUCAAGUCAUUUAUCAAGUGCAUAAAGUCCUGGGCAGCGCCGAUUUCCUCGGUAACCCCGUAGGUCUGUUUAGCAACCUAAGUUCCGGAUUUGGCGAACUGUUCUACGAGCCAUAUCAAGGAUUUAUCAUGAGCGAUCGACCUCAGGACCUCGGCAUUGGCAUUGCAAGGGGUGUAGGCGGCUUCAUGAAGAAGAGCGUAUUUGGUUUGACAGAUAGCGUGAGCCGGAUUACAGGCAGUCUCGGCAAAGGAUUAUCCGCAGCAACUAUGGAUAAGAAAUUCCAAGAUCGCCGUCGCAUGAACUUGACACGCAAUAAGCCGCGACACGCCAUGUACGGUGUGACCCAAGGCGUCACCUACUUGGGUACCAGCGUUGCCAGUGGAGUGGCCGGUCUGGUAAAACGUCCCAUGGAAGGUGCAGAGACGGGCGGAGUGGUUGGAUUUGCAGCCGGUCUCGGCAAAGGAGUCGUAGGGUAA